AUGCUACGUGGAAAGGACCAUCCUGGUGGUGGUGAUGGGGAGGAUGGAGGGGAAAGUACCAUCUUGGUGGUGGUUGGGGAGGAUGGAGGUGAAUGGCAGGGUCAGCAUCUGCAAACUCAGAAAAGUGUGUUUUCUCUCCUUAUUGUAGCCAUUGGGGUAUAUGCCAAAGUUCAAAAGGCGACAGACACAGUGCGUGACACGUUCCUCAUUGAUCCUGCUGUGAUUCUCAUUGUGGUGGGGGUGGUCAUGUUCUUCAUCACCUUCUGUGGAUGCAUCGGAGCUCUGCGCGAAAAUAUAAGGCUCCUUAAAAUUUUCUCACUUAGCCUCACCCUGGUCUUUCUUACACAAAUGGCCAUUGCAAUCCUGGGCUUCUUCUACUCUGACCAGACACGCGAUGCUCUGGGGAAAUUUGUGAAAAAAGCCAUUGUGGAUUAUCGAGAUGACGUGGACCUUCAAAACCUAAUGGACUACAUCCAAAAAGAGUUCAAAUGCUGUGGCUGGAACAACUACACUGACUGGUCCUGGAACCUCUACUUCAACUGCACUCCGUCAAACCCCAGCAAUGAGAAGUGUUCAGUUCCUUUCUCAUGCUGCACUCCUCUACCAGAAGAAACAGUGAUCAACAGCAUGUGUGGCUUUGGGGUUCAGACACAGAACUAUGUGGACGCCACUAAAUCUAUCUAUCCAGUGGGCUGUGCAGACAGAGCUGCAAUAUGGAUUGAAUCUCACCUGAUGUUAGUUGGGGCGCUGACUCUGGGUCUCGCUUUACCACAGAUCGCAGGCAUUGUUCUGUCUCAGAUCCUCAUUUCUGAGAUCCAGAAAGAGAUCGGAGGCAGCAGAAAGUCACAGCAUACCUGCAGUUCUGCCAAACUCUCUCGUGCGCUGGAGUGAUGUUUUCAUUCUGCACCGAUUGCUCUCACACUUACAGCACACUUUCCUCUGUUUCAUUUCACUCUGCCUCGGAGCUUCAUUUUCUAUUUUGGUUUACAUUUAGUUGUUAUUUGAUUAAAAAAAGUCUGGACGCA